GCGGCGAGCAAUAAAAAAAAUGUAAAUUGUGCAGCAAGUGAAAUUGAAAAGCAAUAUAUUUAAGUGUGAUCUGUGUGUUGUGGUGUGUGGGUGUGUGUUCGACAUACAGCUAAUAGGCGAGCGGGCGACGGCGCCGCACCCGCCUCGCCACGCCCCCAUCGGCGAAUCGAAAAAGAGGCGAAGCAACGCGAUGGCCUCCCAACAUUCCAGUUGGCGUUUUGGCAAGCGGAGCAAAUUACAAUUACGCAUCAAAGUUUCGCAGGAUCCGGAGGACUUCUACCGCCUGGAUCCACAGCGAUCGGCCGCCGAAAAUGCAUUCGAAAUAUACUCGAUGCUCUGUUUGGAGGAGACGCGGGACACGAAGCGCCUGUUUCUGCUCAACGCGCUGGCCUCGCUCUGUUUGGGGGCCCGAAAGGGCUCCCACCACAGCAAUAUACGCUUCACCACCGAGGAGCUGCUCUACUGCCUUAGUGCCUCACUGGUGCACACCUUCACCCAAGUGCGAGCGGCGGCACUGCGAACGAUCCGGUAUGCCAUUAGCACGCCCAAUGACAUCAAGACGUUCAAUGCACUGCAGCUGCAGCACCUGCUCUGCCGCUCCAUCGAUCUAAUGCUGAAGAACGACGACGAGCGCGUCCAGGCACUGAAGCUGGUCCGCAAGAUGCUGGCCAUCGCGCCGGAGGACAUCAGUCCGGCGGUGGUGCGCUGCCUGGUCUCGCUGGCGGAUAGCGGCAUCGAGGAGAACGACAAUCUGUUGCGUGCCUGCCUGGCCACCCUGGCAGAGUUCGCUGUGCUCAAUCCGGCGCUGCUGAUCGUCUGCGGCGGCGUCACCUCCAUAACCCGCAAUGUGCUAGAGUGCCACAAUCCCCGCAUCGCUGAGAGCCUGUGCGGCGUGCUUCUGUACCUGCUCGAGUGGCCGCAAACGAGGAACAUCUGCGGUGUGCGGCUGGACUGCCUGGCAGCUCCUUAUUGCGAUUUCACCUACCGGCAGAGUAUCGUCGAUAAGAACAAGGAUGCGCGCGAACUUCGCUACACCAGCUGUCGGCUGGCACUGCUGUCUGUGCUGCGCAGCUGGACGGGCACCCUCGAAUUCUGUGAUCCUAGCAAACCCUCAGGCCUGAAAGCAAUAGUCGACGCUCUGUAUUUGAACCAGAUCGAAGUCAGAAAAGCAAUAUUGGAUUUGCUGUACGAGCUGCUCACGCUGCCGCAGCCAACCUGGACGGAUGACUAUGCGGUGGCGUUGCAGGCUGUGGAUCCGUCGGACUUCCAGGACACGUGGCUGCUGAGCAAUGGUUUCGUGUCCGCCGAAGGGCGCUCCAUUUUGCCAACGCUGGCGGCGCGUGCACCGAGCGUAGUAGAGCAGCACCUGGCGCUGAUGCUGUACUGUUUCCUCGAGACUGGACUGCUCAAUGCGCUCGUCGAGGUUGUGGUGAGCAGCGAUCAGUUCGUCUCGGUACAGGCUACGGUGCUGAUUGGCAAGAUCCUGCAGCUAAUGCACACCCACCUGCCCCCGGAUAUUUGCUGUACGAGUCCGGCACUGCCCACGCUGGUGAGUCAUGCCACAUUGGGGAACCAGCAGGCCAAUGCAGCGGUGGCCGCUCUGCAAAACUACCAGAAGUUGCUGCGCCAGCGGCCGGCGUCGCGCAGCUUAUUCCUAGACAGCAUUAUCCAGGGCGGUGCUCUCAUCCAGACGCGACUGUUUCGUCGGCACCUCAACGUGCAGGAGCAAGCGGGUCCUGUGCUACAGUUGCAGGAAACGGCGGAGGCGGCGGCAUUUGCGGUACCGCCUGUCACUCAGUUUCGCGGCACCCUCGAUCGUUCUCGGCUGGAUUCUGUCUCCUCCAGCGACGAGUCCAACUCACAGGCUUCGACCUCGUCGAGGUCCAGUUUUCGACUGAAGCGUAAGUUCCUUCCGCAAGCCUUAUAUGAUAACUUCCGAGCCUUCAAUCGGCUGCUGACAGACUCCCGUGUGCUGAGCCAAGCGGACGCGCAUCUUUGGGACUGGGAUGUUAUUACCACCAUACUGAAGUCGAAUUUAAUCCGCAAACUGGACUACACCCAAGGAAAGUUCCUGAAGCGACUCGUGGACUUCUACAAGCCGCGCAAUAAUCGGUUCUCUCACCAGGAUUUGGUGCCUGGACAGAGGCUGCCUACAUAUGUCAGUGCCGGAUUGGAUUUAAUUGACGUCCUCCUGUCCAGCAAUGAGCUUGAAUGUAUGCGCUUUAUAACCGACUACUUUUCGGACAUCAGCCAACAGCUGGCGGCCGUCACCACAUCGAAUCGUGCACACGACUGUCUAUUUAGUCCACAGCAUAUGAAUAACACGAUGUGUCAGCAGUAUUUCCUCUACAUCGGACGCAUGUGCCGAACCGUAAAAGGCAUCGAAGUACUCAAAAAUACCACCGUAUUUGAAUACUUGAUCAAUUUGGUGCGGGUGACGGACCACGUCUGCUAUGUGAAGCUAAUUGUGUCCGGCCUGAACUACAGCUACGAGAAGCUACCACGUCAGGUGCUGGAAAAGGCGCUUACGUCGGCGAAGACACGCGGACGUCUGUACUCCACCCAGUUCAUGGCAGUGCUGCUGCGUGCCCGUCUGCCUCACUUUGAGGUAUGGGGCAUUCCAUUGAUUAUCAACCAGACGCGGGAUUCGGACCGUAGCGUGGGGCUGGCAGCCAUGGAUGUACUGGAGGAGGCCUGCCACGACAAGUACUACCUGGAGGAGAUUGUCAGUCGGUGGCCCAAUCUAACGCAUCGUGGUGAUGCAGGACGGCUGCUGAUGGCCCGCUAUUAUUCACUGCCCCGCGGCCUGAACAGUACGAUGGCACGAAUCGAGGAUGAGAUCCGCUACUGGCGGAAUGGGUACAACAAGCGCUACGUGCUCCUCGUGGAAGCCGACACCCACUCAAGCCUGACGCUGCACAUCCGCAAUGAGGAUGGCUACUACUCGCGUCGCAAUUGCAACCAGAGACCACAGACUGUACCACCAAACGUUGCACCUCAUCUGUACGGGCAAAUGGCACAGACUGGCCAGGGUAUGACAGCUCUGCGGAAGCACGGAGACCUGCCGCAGCUAUUGGAACUGCUCAGACGCGCCAAAUGCACGGACGAUGCCGAGUGCCUUGAACUGAAGGCCGCCAUUUGGGCACUGGCCCACGCCUCAACCCACUCCAAUGGAAUUGAAUACUUUGUCGAACUGAAUGCCAGACUAUACGAGAAGCUUAUUGUUCUGGUGACCAAAUGCGAGGUAUAUUCGGUGAGGGCCACCUGUUUUAGUGCCUUAGGUCUUAUCGCAGGCACACAGGCAGGUGCCAAUAUCCUUUUUAAGUUGAACUGGCUGAGCGUGCGACAUGACAAGAACACAAUGUGGCCCGUGCAUCAGCCGGAGGAUUGGAUGUCCAGCCAGUACACACCGGUGCGACAUUACUACGAGGACGUGCCGGCGGACAAUAUGACCAUGAUGGAUGACUAUAUAGAAAGAUUCUACGAAACGGGCUCAGACUUUUGGCACAUGCUCGCCGAUCAGACUGAUGCGAGUGGUGGUGGUGGGGGUGUAGCCGGCACAGUCGUCGGUAUGCAUCCUAUAGUGCAGGAUCCAAAUGCAACGAUUACGACCACGGACAGUGUUCGCACCACGACCGAUGAUGUGCACCCCAGAAUGUUGGUUGGAGUGGCUGCCAAAUCAAAGACUUUGCCAGAAGGUAGCAAUCUGCGUCAGGGCAAGCACCAACGCUCGCUCUCCGAAUCGAAGACCACGGAUGUGAUCAGCUUGUUGGGCAGUGGUGUAGGUACGAUGUCGGGAGCUGUUCUCUACCCAACGCCGUAUCAGCAUCGAAUACGCUACAACUCGUGCACGGAUUCAAACACUUCCGGCGUUAGCAGCUGCGAAUCGGUGACCGGACGCACUGCAGCUGCAUAUGCCGCCGCAGCCAAUGAGUUACAGCAAUUCCCUUUGAGUCCUAUUCCAAGCAUGUCCAAUCUGCUCGAGAGCGAUGAGCUGUUUCGUCGAAAUCAGCUAGCCACCAGUAUGCUGCCCUCCACCCUCAGUCCUAUGGCGAUGAAGGGCUAUGUCCAGCUACGCUCCCUGCGCAAGCACAGCCGACCCGUAUUCUCCGAAUCUUCGGCGGAAUUCUACGACUUUGCGGAAAUACUGGACACACCAGAGGUUCAGAUGCGCAAGCUCGACUGGACGCAUUCCCACCGUCGGCUUAAGGUACGCAGCUUGGACCGCCAGCUAAGUGAUGUUUAUAGACGCCUCUCCGCGGACGAGUUGAAUGUGCUUCUGCCCACGCUUAAUGCUCCCAAGUUCCUGCCUCCUAAUGAUUUGAAAGGGCCAUGCUAUGCGGGUAUCUGCUUGCCUAAGAACGUUCUGGACCUGUUUCCGACGCGUAACCUCAGUCGAACGUACGUUUCGCGGGAUAUCCAGGACCAAGAUAUAGUGGGCAUAAAUCUGCUGAACACCAUGCUACGGCCACAGUGUCUCAAUGACUCACUCACCAAUGAGGGCGGCGACGAGUCAUCGGUUAUAUCAUCGCUGUCGGACGUCUCGUCUGCAAGUCGGCGACAAACACGACAAUUGCAGCAAGGCGCCAAGCACUCGCGAAGUCUGUGUCUCCAUUGUGCCCGCUCCCCGCGACAGCAGCGUAAUGACAGCGGCAGCCAUAGUAAUGGUGGAGGAGGCGCAUCCCUCGCUCCCUGCGAGCUGUACAGCAGUGCAGCAGCAGCUCUGGUGGCAGCCGGCAUCCAGGCUGGACCAGUUUUGGCUAAAAAGAGUGGCUCAUCUGCCCAAGGAGCUUCAGCGGCACUUGGCGCCGACAUCAGCUUCCAUUCCCCAGAGAGCAUGCUGAGCGAGGAUAGCCUGCCGGACAGGCUUACGGCCUCCAUUCUGUACAACGUGCAGCGUCUGGCCAAUCCCGUUAGUGCCAAGCAGUCGAAAAUGGCUCUGUUGGAGCUUAAGCAGAAACACCCGCACGCCUUUCAGGAUAUUUGCCUUUAUUCGGAGGCCUGCAAAACGAUAGGCCGGAGUAGCUAUCGGAUGAUAGCCCGCCGCUUCCUGCAGGAGCUCUUUCUGGACCUUAAUUUUGACUCGUUCUACGUGGAGCCUCAGCUCAUAAUCGGGGCACGUAAGUUUUCCGCUGAGGAAAAAGCAGAGGCCACGGCCCCCACGGCAAUGCAGGCCAUGCCGUUUAAGCAAACGAUUCUCAAGCCUAAACCGGCGGCCCAACUGGCUAGCGUUUAUGAGACUAGUUGGGAGAACCUGCUGAUGGACCAGUCGCCACGGAUAAACAAGUCAUCGCCUGCCGAUCAACCGGCCAAUGCUCAAACGAAAGCAAAGGCCCGGAACCAGCUGCACAUUGACGAUACGGAGAGUUCGUUGUCCAGUACCGAUGGCGAAAAUGAUUCCGGUGAGGAUGUUUGCGACGGCAGUGGAGCCGGCACCCAGGCCAGCUCGGUGACCACCGCUCAUACAGCCCUGCCCACAGGAAACAGCAAUCGUAGCAGCAUUGGCACAUGCACAGCAAGCCAGCUGGUGCCAGGUGCGGCAACUUCAAACUCCGCUGGUGCUGGGACAAGCGCAUCUGAUAAUGCUAGUACAAGUCUAAAGAAUGAAAACCGGCAAUUCACACGCGGACGAUUCUAUACGCUGGAGCUCGAUUUGAGCUGCACCAAGAACAAGUUUCCCAUCAAGAAUCGCAGCCAGCGAACACCAACGCCUCCACCAAUCGAAAGUUUAAUCGAGUCCAAGCCCACGGUUCAGACAGAUGUGAAUACAAGUGCGCUGCCAAUUAUGCAGCGGACCGGUGGCAGCAAUGACUCCUCGUCAGCCCUAAGAUAUUCCACUGUGACCAAGAGCUUGUCGGCAUCGAUGGCCAGGCCGGUGGGCAGCCUGUACUGCGAGAAGCGCUUGCAGAGCUCCAAAUCGGAAGCGGUCCUCGAUGAGGUGGCGAAGGCGAGAAGAGCAUCCGGUGGUGUGGGACUGACAACUGUGCGUGACAACUCCUAGACGCACUGGCGGAAGAUCAAUUGAAGUAGCCCAAUGGGGACGCACUGCCUACUCUUACAUCUCGUUUACUGGCCGCCCGCCUUCCUAAACCGAAACCAAUCGGAUAAAUGUAAUAUAUCAAAUCAAAGAACAUGUAGCUACGUAGAUUAAGGCAAUCCGUACUAUAGGAUUUAAGUUAUUUUCGACUAGUUUGUUAAAAUUAAAGUUAUUACCAUAGUUACUUUUACGAUCACCACUUAUGCAUAGUUAUUUUUAAAGAAAUUCAUAACCGUAAGCAGGAAACCAACAAACGACAAAAAUCCCAAAAAAUAAUAUAUAAUUUUCUUAUGUAGCGUGUACCAACAUAUUUUAUAGAAGCAGAUCGAAAGCAAAUUGGAUAAUUGCCUUGAAGCAACAAGAAACAACCACAAACCACCGCAAUUUAUUUAAUUAAUGUACUUAAAACUAAAAGAGACCCAGUGGCAGGCGAAAGCAAAAAGACCACACAAACCUUAAACCAAGAAAUUAUCAUUAUUGUUGAAAACAAAGCAAGAAGCAUACCGUGAAUCGUUCACAAUCACUUUAAAACCAAAAUGAAAUGAAAUCAAUAAACUAUAAAAAUUGAAAAAGUU